AUGAAGACACCGGCCUGUAUCCUCGCAUUUGCGUCUUUGACGGCCUGUGUCCAAGGUCACGGAUACAUCUCCAAACCAAAGGCUACAUACGAGCCCAACACCAUCUACACAACCUAUAAUGCACUGACAACCGCCAGCAUCAACAAGGGCUUCGAUGGUGGACACUACAACUGGAGCCCAACGCAGAACGCUCAGGCAUUCACUGACCACUGGAACGCCACGGGUUACAAGUCACUUCGUGACAUGCUUGAUCCCAUCGCCCCGGAUUACGGACAUUCUCUCAAAACAGCAACUCCCGUAGACGUCUCGGGAUACACCGAGAUGUGGUGGCAGAACGACGAGUACAAGGAGGGUUUCAUCGCCUCACAUGAGGGUCCUUGCGAGGCAUGGAUCGACGACACCCGUAUCUUUCACUAUGACAACUGCGCUGCUCAGUUCAAGUCGUAUCCGGCCAAGAUUCCGGCGGACUAUUCGUCGUGCAAAGGCGACUGCCUAAGAAACUAA